GGUGAAUUGUCCCCAGAUGAGCUUGAGCGCCUCAUGACUGUGGUCGCAAACCCCCGCCAGUUCAAGGUCCCUGAUUGGUUUCUCAACAGGAAGGACUACAAGGACAGUAGGUCCUCCCAGGUUGUUUCCAACGCCCUUGACAUGAAGCUCAGGGAUGACCUUGAGAGGCUGAAGAAGAUCAGAAACCACCGUGGUCUGCGUCACUACUGGGGCCUUCGUGUCCGCGGACAGCAUACCAAGACCACCGGCAGGCGUGGAAAGACUGUCGGUGUCUCGAAGAAGAGAUAAACCCCGUCUCCAG